AUGAAUGUACCUUAUGCUAGUGUUGUUGGCAACUUGAUGUAUGCUCAAGUAUAUACUAGACCGGAUAUUGCAUAUAUUGUUGGUGUUCUUAAUCGAUAUUUGUCUAAUCUUGGUCCAAUGCAUUGGAUUUCUGUUAAACAUGUUUUAAGGUACUUGCAAAAGACAAAAGACUAUAUGUUGAUUUAUAAGCAAGUUUAUCACCUAGAGAUAAUUGACUAUUCAGACUUAGAUUUUGCAAGUUGUCAUGAUGAUUUGAAAUCCACUUCGAGAAACAACAAGAGUAAUAGUGAUUCUAAACAUAUGGAGAUUAAAUAUUUCACUAUUCAAGAUUUAGUGAAAAAAGAGGAUAUAGAGAUAAAAUAUAUUGAUACUGAAUUAAAGCUUGUUGAUCCACUAACUAAAGGCCUUAGACCUUUAGGCUUUAAGGGACUUGUUAGUAAUAUGGGUGUUGUGGAAUCUUUUGAUGUUGUUGGUUAG